AAUUCCCCUCCCCAACAAAGCACGCCAAACCCAAACCUCCAAACCUUAGUCCUCCCACGCGAAUACCUUUCCACCCUCCAGUCACGUCUGGUUACUUCCCGCUGCUCCUAGUCUCCAAGCUAGUACUUGCAAGACCGUAGCGUAUAACACAGAGGGCACCAUGGACGGGGGCGAAACGGAAAGUAUGUUCCCUUCAGAAGAUGUCGGAAUGGGCUUCGCUCCCGUUACGGGGCAAGGAGUGAAGAAGAAAAAAUCAAAAUCUUUUGGUUUCGAGAGCAUGGGCCUGAGUGCCGCCGUGUAUCGCGCCGUGCGGCGCAAGGGCUACCAGGUGCCGACGCCCAUCCAGCGGCGAACGCUGCCCAUGGUGCUCGCCGGGCAAGACGUGGUUGCCAUGGCGCGCACGGGUUCCGGUAAAACGGCGGCGUUCCUCAUCCCCAUGAUCGAGCGCCUCAAGGCACACUCGAACACCGCCGGGAUCCGCGCCGUGAUUCUCUCGCCUACGAGAGAGCUGGCCUUGCAGACGUUCAAGUUCACCAAGGAGCUCGGGAAAUUCACAGACCUCCGGGCGGCAGUGCUAGUAGGAGGGGACAGCAUGGAGGGGCAAUUCGAGGCGCUCUCGCGCAGCCCGGACAUUCUCGUGGCGACACCUGGCAGGCUGAUGCAUCACCUGGCUGAGGUGGAGGGGAUGAGUCUGAAAUCCGUGGAGUACGUUGUUUUUGAUGAGGCUGACCGGCUUUUUGAGAUGGGGUUUGCUACCCAGCUUAAGGAGAUUUUGCGCGGGAUGCCCGAGUCACGGCAGACGCUGCUUUUUUCGGCCACGCUGCCCAAGAUGCUGGCGGAGUUCGCCCGGGCAGGAUUGAGGGAGCCGCAGCUGGUGCGAUUGGACACCGAGACGAAGCUGAGUCCGGAUCUGGCGCUUUCUUUUUUCACGGUCAGACCGCACGAGAAAAUGGCUGCCCUGCUGCAUUUGCUUCAGGAGGUUAUUCAGGUGGGGUCAGGGGCAGGUGGAGGGGGGAGGCCAGUGAGAGAAGAGGGGGAGGACGAGGAGGAAUUGGGGGAGGAAAGAGAGGAUGAGGUGAGAGAAAGGGAGGGGAGGAGGAGGGGGUUUGCUGGAAGGGGCAAUGGGAAGCAGACGAUUAUAUUCGUGGCAACGAAGCAUCAUGCGGAGCUGUUACACGAAGUGUUACAAUCCGAACGGUUACCAUCUUCGGUUGUUUAUGGAGCCAUGGACCAAACUGCCCGUAAAAUCCACAUCGCCAAGUUCCGUGCAGGCCGAACAUCUCUUCUCAUCGUGACCGACGUCGCUGCCCGAGGUAUCGACAUCCCUCUCCUCGACAACGUCAUAAAUUUCGACUUCCCGCCCAAGCCGAAACUUUUUGUCCACCGGGCAGGCCGUGCGGCGCGCGCGGGCCGUUCGGGCACGGCAUAUUCUUUUUUCACAGCAGAAGAGCUGCCCUUCGUGCUCGACCUUCACCUCUUCCUCUCCAAGCCAAUCCGCCCGGCGCCGCUAGAAGACGAGAUCGAGGCGACAGGUGGCGCAAGCCUAUUGGCUGCAAGGGAGGCGCAGGAGCGAGGGGAGACGGUCUACGGACGGUACAUACAGACGGAGUUAGACCGGUACUUGGAGAGAUUAAGAGAGCUGGAGAGCUCGAGCGUGGCGGUGGGGAUGCUGCUGAAAGUGGCUGGAAAGGCCAUGAAGCUCUACCUGAGGACGCGGCCUGCUGCUUCGAACGAGAGUGCGAAGCGGAGCAAGGCGCUGGCGGGGAGGGAAGGCGUGCACCUGACGCUGAGGGACAGAGUUGGGGGGAUGGAGUCUGCUGCUGCGGCGUUUGCUGAGCACCUCAAGAAGUUCAGGCCAAAGCAGACGGUACUGGAGCUCGAGGCUGAAGCAGCCACAGCCAAGAAGAAAGCAGGCCCAGUGGCUGCAGGGCUAGAUGUGAUGAGGGCGAAGCGGGAGGUGCACCAGAAGGCCAUCAGCAAGAGGCGGGACAAGCUGGGGGGCGAGGGGAGGGAGGUGUGGGGGAACGGAUUAAAAGGGGAGGGGGAGGGAGAGGAGGAGGAGGAUGAGGAAGAGGAGGGUGAGGGGGGAGAGGUACUGGAGGAGGGGGAGGAGGGAGAGGAGGAGGAGGGAGAGGAGGAGGAGGAAGGGGAGGAUGAUGAUUUCACUGGGUUUUUGGAGGGAGAGGAGGGUGGGGGGGAGGAUGGGGAGGAGGGAGAGGGGGAGGAUGACGAGUUGAUAGUGGGGGUGGGCAAUGGUGGAGGGGGGACAGGGGUGGGGGAAAACGGAAGAGGAAGGAGGGGGAGGGGCGAGGGGGGAAGAGGGAGAAGCCAACGAGCUUCAAGGACGAUCAAUUCUUCAUCAACAGCAUUCCUCCCAACAGGCACUGGGAAAGCGGCCUUUCGGUCAACGGGCGGCCCAAGAACGAAUUCUCAGCUGAAGUACAAAAUUCCUAAUGAUGAUGAUGAUGAUGAUGAUGAUGAUGAUGAUGAUGAUGAUGAUAUGAUGAUGAUGAUGAUGAUGAUGAUGAUGAUGAUGAUGAUGAUGAUGAUGAUGAUGAUGAUGAUGAUGAUGAUGAUGAUGAUGAUGAUGAUGAUGAUGAUGAUGAUGAUGAUGAUGAUGAUGAUGAUGAUGAUGAUGAUGAUGAUGAUGAUGAUGAUGAUGAUGAUGAUGAUGAUGAUGAUGAUGCACGACUUUUAGUUCGAGGCAGAGGUGCUGGACCUGGCGCCUGAUGAUGGGGAGGGGGCGCAGAAGAGAAAGGCAGUGUUCCACUGGGAUAAGAAGAGCAAGAAGUACAUCAAGCUGAAUCCCGGGGAGACCCUUGGUCCUUCUGGCAAGGUCCGCACGGAGAGCGGCGCCAAGACGAGUGCGGGCAGCAAGGGCAUCUACAAGCGGUGGAAGGAGAGGACGCACAUGAGGGUGGGCGGCAGGGGGGCACGUGGCGGCAGCGCAUUCGACGCUGACGAGGACGCUGGUGGCGCUGGUCGUGGUGGUUUCUCGAGGGGGAGGGGAGGAGCACGAGGCGGUCGAGGAGGCAUGUCGGGCAGAGGAGGGUCGGGUGGGCGAGUGAGGGAUGAGCUGAGGAGUGUGGAGGAGGUGCGGAAGAUGCGGCAGACCGCGGUGGCUAGAGGGGGCGGGGGGAGAGGAGGGGGUGGUGGGAGGGGAGGGAGUGGCGGGAGAGGAAGCAGUGGAGGGAGGGGUGGGAGGGGAGGAAGGGGAGGAAGGGGAGGGAGGGGAGGGAGUGGGGGGAGGGGUGGGAGUGGAGGGAGGGGAAGGGGCGGAGGAAAGUCAAGCUCUAGUGGGAGAGGGGGAGGUAGAGGGGGGAGAGGCAAGAUGGGAAGGGGCAGAAGUCGCGGUGGCAUGUAGUUUACUUGAGUGCGAGGUUGUGGUGAACAUGCAUGUUUGUGAAUCAUCAGUGUAUUCAUACCAUUUUUACUGUACGAACAUUAACUUGACGAGAAAAUUGAAGCCUGG